CGUGACUGCUCGAUCUCGCGAGAGUUUGCACGACCAGAACCAACAUGGCGGACGUUAUCCGGAAAACGGCCACAUUUCGUCGAUUUUAACCUACAUUUACCCGGAACAGGAAGUUUUCCAUAAGCAGAAAUAGUCGUGUUAUUUAGUUGAAAGGUCCACUAACUAUCUGUAACACCCGCGGUCCCUGUAGGUUCGUAGAGACGGCAUUUCCUAACCGAUCGUGAUCGCCCCACCCACCGGCCAGGUGUCUUGUCGUCUGCUCUAGCUCCUUGAGACAACUUGAGACUUGUACCAGACUCCUCACAAGAAACAUUCUCUGCCUGUGGAAGCGAUGUCAUCGCGGUUACGCCUGAGAUGUUAUACCAGACGGUGAUGAACUUGUGAACCUUCUCAACUGUCGUACAAUUUCCCAGCUGACUGUUUUUAAUUAUUGAUGUAAACACACAUGGAUCCGUCCGGGACGGUACAGGAAACUCUCGCGGUCGAGGAAAAAUGCGUCUCAGCGGUGGAUGCGGUCCUGGUGCAGGAGUUGGUGCAAGGUAGCAGAGUGGUCGCUCUGGUCGAGGCCAAGACAGGAUUUGGGUUCUUUAUGUACAGCACCAAGCGUAUGCCUGUCCAGGGGUCUGACCUGACCUUAGAGAAGGUCAUUCCUGUCAAGGAGGACUUUACCGUGGAAGUCAUUAACGACCCAGCUAAAGCCCACCUGAUUGGUUCAGAUGUACCUGUAAAGGUGUGUGGAAGUGGACAGGUGUUGACUCUGGAGCUUCCUUUUGGCUCCAAGUCAGGGAACUUCCUCACAGCCCUAAGGAGGGCCAUAAGUCUCUAUACCAGUAAACCCCCAGCAGGGGUGUUACAGCCCUUCGCUUGGCUGCAGAAAUACACCCAGAAGCUGGCCACAACUGACCUGACUGAGUUUGACCCUCUCAGCAGCCCUUCUCAGCAAACUUCUCAGGACUGGCCGUGGAGUGCACUGGUGAAGCCCCCAUCAGGACCCACCACACCGGUCGCCUUUGCAGAGAACAUGGGCAUGGAGGGGUUUGAGGACAACUUUGCUGAUAAACUCUCCGUUCAGAGUUCAUCGACCUCUUGGGAAGACACAUCAUCACAGCAGGACCCUUGGACAGAAGUGGACUCGGAGGCAGAUGGAGGCAGUUCUGAGCCUGUGGUGAGGGGGGGUUCAGUCAGCACCAUGGGACCCAUGUUAGCCAACAGGCCGUCUGUCAGGGAACCUAUUGUCAGGAUGUACAUGCUCAAGGAGGAGGCCAAGUACACACAUCUCAAGACAUUCAGAAUAUUUGCAGGGACAUGGAAUGUAAACGGCCAGCCUGCCACAGAAAGUCUGAAGGCCUGGCUGGCUUCUGACUCCACACCACCUGAUCUCUACGCUGUAGGUUUUCAGGAGCUGGACCUGAGUAAAGAGGCGUUCCUGUUUAACGACUCUGCGAGGGAAGAGGAGUGGGUGAAGGCUGUCACACAUGGGCUCCACCCUGGGGCCAGCUAUAGACGGGUACGGCUGAUCCGAUUGGUGGGAAUGAUGCUGCUGGUGUUCGUCAGAAGUGAGCACAACAAGUUCCUGUCUCAAAUUGAGGCUCAGACUGUGGGAACAGGCAUCAUGGGAAAAAUGGGAAACAAGGGAGGUGUGGCUGUCAGGUUUGACUUCCACAACACUAGCUUCUGUAUCGUCAACUCUCACCUCGCUGCUCACACCGAACUGUACGAGAGACGCAACCAGGACUACAGCGACAUCUGCGCCCGCAUGCAGUUCAACCUAACACAACCACCGCUGACUAUACACAAGCACAAUGUGGUAUUGUGGGUAGGGGAUCUGAACUACAGACUGAGUGACAUCGAGAACAAUGAAGUCAAGAUGUUGAUAGACAAGAAGAUGUUCAGUGACCUUCUGACCCAUGACCAGCUCACAAGGCAAAUGGCUGAGGGGAAUGUAUUCCAUGACUUCAGUGAAGCAAAUGUCAACUUCAUUCCAACCUACAAGUAUGACCCAGGCACAGAUGACUGGGAUACAAGUGAGAAGUGCCGUGUGCCAGCCUGGUGUGACCGUGUACUCUGGAAGGGUGACAGUGUGUCUGCGGUGGAGUACCGAUCUCACAGAUCCCUCAAGCUCAGCGACCACAAACCUGUCUCCUGUCUCUUUGACAUUGGGGUCAAAGUUAUUGAUGAAGACAACUACAAGAGGGUGUUUGAGGAGGUUAUCAGGAAACUGGACAGGCUGGAGAAUGAGUUCCUCCCAUCUGUUUCUCUGAGCUGUGUGGAGUUGAAGUUCGAGCACAUCAAAUUCUUGGAGCCUCAAAAGAGAACAAUCAUCAUCACCAACACUGGGCAGGUUCCCUGUCAGUUUGAGUUUAUCUGUAAGCUUGAUGAGAAGGAGUACUGUAAACCAUGGCUGAGUGUUGAGCCAUAUCUAGGCUUUAUCAUGCCAGGUGACAGCUACCCUAUAGAGUUUGAGGUGUAUGUGGAUAAGAACACGGCGGGCAGGCUGAACUCAGGUGAGGACCGUCUUGAAGACAUACUGGUGCUGCACCUUGACGGAGGGAAGGACUACUUCGUGACCGUCCAAGGCGACUACAUCCCCAGCUGCUUUGGUUCGUCCGUCGAGGCCCUGUGCAACAUGAGGGGACCAAUCAGAGAGGUGCCUGUGGCUCGCCUGGUCGACCUGGAGGCUGGUUCCCCCAGUAAGACAUCUCCUGAGGACUCAUUUGACCCCCUGCCCAUUCCUAAGGAGAUCUGGCUUCUGGUCGAUCAUCUGUACAAACAUGCACUGCGACAGGAGGACUUGUUCCAGCAGCCAGGACUCCACUCUGAGAUUGAGGAGAUCCGAGACUGUUUGGAUACAGGAAUACCUGAUACCAUACCUGGCCGACCACAUUCUGUGGCAGAAUGUCUGCUGAUGUUUCUGGAGAGUCUACCUGAGCCUGUUAUCCCUCAUCAGUACUACCAGUCAUGCCUGGACUCAUGCAGCAACUUUGAGCUCUGUAAACAGCUGAUGUCUCAGGUCCCUGAACACCACAAGAAUGUCUUCAAAUACCUGACAGCUUUCCUCAGAGAACUUCUGAGUUAUACAGAUGACAACAAGCUGGAUCCAAAGACAUUAGCCAUGAUAUUUGGGGUCCUCCUUCUGAGACCGAAGAGGGAUGAGAACAGGAGACACAACAACCAACAGACAACUCGCAGGAGGGCAACCUUCGUCUACCAGUUCCUUGUGAACCCGUAUGAUGGUUAAACUGGUGAGAAGCUAGCCAAUCAGCAAUUCCUGUAUGUGACAUGCUGGCCAAUCAGCAACCUGCUGUUAGUUAAACAGGAAACUAGCCAAUCGGCAGGAGUCUAAGAGGAAGCUAGCCAAUCAGAAGGACUGGAACAGGUAUCUGGUAAGCCCUGCUUGCCAAUCAGCAUGGUGGAUUUAUGGGACCUUAGCCAAUCAGCAGCUUGGUGGGAGAAGAAAGCUUAUAGUUGUACAUAGAAUAAUACCCAAUGAGAAUGAGAUGUGACAGCAUAACUGACCAGAGUCAUUGAUAGAAAUAGUGAGCUCUUGGCCAAUGAAUCUAAAUUAUAUAUCAAAUAUAUCUAUCUAUAAUUGUAUCUAUUCAAGAAUCUAAAGAUACAGCAAGUAGAAGUGACUCUUCUAAAAAUUGUUCAGUAGGAGUUAGUUCCUAAGGUUAAACACACACAAAUACCACCAUGUACCAUCUUCUCAGGCCGUUUGACUCAAGUGUGGAAUAAGGAAUGGGAGGUUACCUUGUAGGUGAAGGUGGGGAGGGGGGUACCUGCUAGUAUUCAUCUAUUGGUUUGCAUCAGUUGUUGAAAGAUUUUUACUACUCGCAAAAGUAACGUUAUCAUGUCCAGUUUUUGUUUCUAAAUAUAUUACUGAUUUAUCUCAGUUCCGGUUGAUAAAAAUUAAUAGACAUCCCGCUGUGCAUUCCAUGCUGUUUGCAUAAUAUGUUUGUAUAGAGUAUUUACUGUUACAUGUACAUGUAUGUACCAGAUAUGUGGAGUCAUAGGGUAUAGCUUGUAUUUUGCUAACAAAACCAU